CGGGCUCAGUUCUCGCCUGAAGACCGUGCGGUGUACAGGUGAUCCGGCUUGUGCGUAUUCAACCCUCUCUACGCUUGAGUUUGUCCGCCUGCUGAUCGAGAUGACGUGCUGCCGCGUUGCCACGAGGAGGACGCACGCUCUGUCCUGCCGUGUCGUCGACGAGCUGUAGACGGGGGUCGGGUAACGAUGUAGUAUCGAGCGAUUCUUGCGACGGUGGAACCGCGGGCUACGGGUUCCCUAGAAGCAGACGACGAGGAUGUCGACGUUGGAAGCACGUGGCCAGGAUUGGUGAAACGUAUCCGACGAAUACGCCAAGCACCGAGUUGAACGUGCGAGUUCGAGUGCGUUCGAACUUGGUGAACGAGGGAACAGAGGAGGAAGUUAAAGAAGAAGAAGGGUGGUCCGUAAGGGCCACGGCCAUGGGGGAGGCAGUAUGUUCUCCGAGCUGUGCAGGGAGACUUUGCGGAAGGCAGCCGUGUGCUACAGUUCUGGUCGUGCAGGAAGUUCAUCACCAUCACCACCAACGUCUCCGCCGCCAUCUCCCGCCAAAGAAGCAAAGACUACUGCCAACGUUGACCUGGCAAAUGUCCGUGACGCCUGCCACGAAGCCAGAGAUUCAGGGACCAGCGGAAGAAGAUCACCGCAGCAGCCGUCGUCGUCAGCAACGUGCACUACGGAGUUCCGUGACUUCACAGGAAGGAGAUCGCCCACCGCUUCAGGCGACUCCAGGGAGAAGCGUUCAACGGUGUCCGGCGAUUUCGGGAAAAGAUUGGGCUGCCCCGAAGCGAAGGACGGGAAGCGAGGUUCGGUUACGGCAGACACGAGGGACGGACGAUCAGUGUCCCCAGAAAAGGGACGACAGUGGGAAGACAACAGGGGAUCAAGCGGAGGAUACGAGUAUGGCCGACCAGACUCGAGACUCGGUAGACAAUCCCCUGGAUCUCCAGGAUCGUCGCCCGAACCAGAGGACAACUCCUCAACUUCUGGCGACGAAGCUGGAGCCGCUUCUGAGGAAACUAACCAAAGGUCCAGUUCUGCACACAAUCGCCACUCUCUCACGAAGGAACAAACGAUGCACUGGUUCGCCCAAAUCGGAGGUGACGAAGCCUCUCCCGAUUCGUCAGAUGUGAAGCGCCGGCAAAGUCUCUACGACGAGGACUCCCUCGAUGGCGAUCAUCCUAGCGAGAACGAAGGACGGGAGUCGACGGGAAGCGCGAAAGACGUGGACAGGGCGAAGCUCGUCCGUGAGAGACAAAACGAAGAGCGGCAGCGGAAGUUGGAAGAGCUGAGACAGCAAGCUCUCGCCGCGCAACGUUUCCGGGAGCAACGGGAAGAGGAACGCCGAAGGCGCAUCGACGAGCUCAAAUCGCGUGACAACGACAGACGAAACCAAGUCGGAGAGAGAAAGCGGGCGAUAUGCGAGGCGGAAAGAGAAAGAAGAGAGGCGAUCCUCCGAAAGAAUCAAGAGAGAGAAGCUCGUAUAGAGGCGAAGAAGAAGAACGAGAGGUCGCACAUCGUGUUUGCGUUCGGAAGUUCUACACCGAGGAUGUUGGAGCCAGCUGAUACCGGUGGCUCCACUUUCUGGGGAACGCGUCGCGCAACCUCUACCACCAAUGUAAUGAUGUUCUCGGCUGCACAGCCGUUGACAAGGAGAUCCUCAGAGAGAGAGCUCGAUGGUAGCAAGAAGAGAGCCACGUCAGCUGGUGGACUUGACCGGAAACCCGGCGAAGAUAUGAGAAUGUCCUCGUCCAUGUACGAGGUGUUCAAUUGGAAUUCUAGCCCUGAUCCUCCCUUAACCCCCGCCAAACAUAAGAGAGCCAGCCUCUCUCUGCCUCCUACAACUGACAUCUUUGCCAUCGAUGAUAAGUCUGAUAGCGACACUAGGCGUCCGAUGAUUCAGCGGGCUGCCAGUGGUGAAGAAAGCGACGGAACACCGGGAACCCCUAGCUCGGUUUAUCUGCGGGUGAACAGGAGGCGUACCGAUCUGAUGCCAACGAUACCAUCGCCGCGUGAUGGACCGCCAUCAUCAGGGCGUAGUUCGAGCGCUAAGGCCUUCGCACGUUCGCCAGGUAGGACUUACUCCAUGUCCAGGCUGGACCAACUGGCGCAGCCUAGGAAACGUCCGACAGAACUUAGCACACUGACGGAACAGCAAAGCCAGCCUCUGAGCGCUUCUAGCAUGAGUCGCAGCAUGUCACAUUUAGCUGCGUCCGGAGGCAAGAGCCUCAAACGCUCAGAUAACUCUCGUAGCAUGGGUACAUUGCCAGGCGCGGUUCCAAUGCCGAGACCAACCAGAGCCGAGAGACUUCGUCGCAAAGCCCGCGAGCAUCAGAACCAACAGCAGCAAGGCAUCCGCAGCGGGGAGGUGACACCGAACAGCCCAUCACGACCGCACAGCUCCAUGAGUCAGCAAAGCGCCAGCAGUGUGGGCAGCAGUAACGUCAAUCUGCGUCCUCGUACAGCUGCCCCGCGUCGACCGCGACCUGCUUCUAUUGCCGGUACCGGUGUUUCGGUCACAGAACGACACAAUCUAGUGAGCGAACCGAAAUCGACGAAGGAUUCGAAACCGCCACUGCCAAAGGUCCAUAGCACUCCAAAGAAAUCAUCUACACCGAAAGCGACGGAGAUCAAGAAGCCGACAGAGAAACUGGUGAAGAGCGCGAAGGCUUCACCGCGAAUAACCCCGAAAGUGACACCGCUGCAAAGCCCUGGAGCCGAGAAUGCUCCGCUGAUUCGUGGUAGUACCGGAGAGAUAAUAAAAAGCGAAGUGAAAGAGGAUACAAAAUUAGACGAUAAAUACGAAGAGAAGAAAGACCAAGGCACUGAGAAAACACAACAGGAAAUAAGCGCCGCGGAGCAGGGUAACGAAGAAAUGAAAAAGUCGGUUGUUAUCGAACAAUCCAAUUCUAUAUCGAAGCAAACGAAGGACGAAACUAAUUUGAAUCAAGAGAAUCAAUCGACUGUGCGGUCUCAAGAAACACCCAAAGCUGCGAAGAAGGAAGCCGAGGCGAAAUCCGAGAAUAACGUGGAGGAACAGGUCGAUAUGUCAGCAUCGAUGAUAGCAAAGAUCCGGAUCACUACGGAAGAGGAAGCCAAGGCAGCUAUAGCUGAACGUAGAAGAUUAGCUCGAGAACAGGCUGAACGAGAAGCCGAGCUUGAACGCCAACGACAGGAGGAAGAAGCCCGUUUAGAGGCCGAGAGAUUGCGCGCCGAGGAAGAAGAACAACGUCGUUUAGAGGAAGAAACGCUUCGUUUGGCUAAUGAAGCUCGUGAAGCCGAGGAGCAGAGACUGAGACUGGCGAUUGAGGAAGCAAAACGUCGCGAGGAAGAGGAUAGGAGAAGAAGAGAAGAGGAGGCUCGUCAGAAACAAGAGAAAGAAGAGGCUGAGCGGAAAGCGAGGGAAGAAGCGGAAAGACAGCGGAUCGAAAUGGCAGAACGCCUUAAGAGGGAAGAGGAAGAGAGACUUGCUAGACGUAAACGUGUCGAGGCGAUCAUGCUUAGAACUCGGGGCAAGAACCAGAAUAAUACACCUACGAAAGGUGAAGGUGGUGAUGGCGAUAAGUUGAAAGAAGAUAGUCCUAACGAUGAAAAUAAAACGGCACCAGGUAGCAAAGUCGAAGAUGUUAUGACAGCCAGUUUGAUAUCCGAAGCGACUCAACAAUUCAUUAGCGGAGAGCAACGAGCUCAUCAUACAGAAAACAAUACUACUACGGACAUUGUGCAUAACGGCACGCAUAGUAAUGGCAUUAAUGAAAGUAAAAUUGUGUUGGAUAAUAAUCAGGGUAAUGUGGAAGGAGAACUGAAUGGUCAUCAUACAAAUCACGGAAACGGUAUCAACAGUCAAUCAAUUACACUGGAUAAUGCCACCGUAUAUAACUGGAUUUCGCAUCGAUAACAAAAACUGAAAGAUAACAUCGAAGAGCAUCUCAAAGAAUUGUAAGUUCAUUUGGUUUUUAGAUCAUUCGACAAUAAUGUUAUUACGAAUGCCCAUGCAAGGCUUAUAUCAGACUAGUGUUAUUUAACAUUGCUAAAACUAUCCUUACACAUGUAUACAUCCACGCAUUAGUUAUUUUCAUAACAUUUUAUGAGAAUAUUUAUUUCGUCCCCUUCCCCCUCCCCCCCUUUUUUCGGCGCGCAUUCGUCGUAUAGAAUGAGAAAUAUUUUUUCAAAAGAAAAACAAUCCUUUUAAUCGAAAAAGAAUGAAUAGCGAACAUUUUAGAGUAUUAUUUCUAUCAAAUGCAUAUUUUAUCUAAAGUUUCGUGCGAAUACAAUAUAUAAAUAUGAAAUACACGCGAUGUUACGUCAUAUAUUUACUAAACUCGAAUGUAGUUUCAUUCAAAGUGAUGAUGCAAAAUUAUGGCUAAUAUAAUGUAAUAUGUAAUAUGAUACAAUUAUUGCACAAUAUUAGCCAUUGUAUACGUAAAAAUAUCGACUGACUCUUAGUGCCGUUCAUAAAUAUGUAUAAAUGUAUUCGGCGUAUAAAAUAUAACUGAAAAAAAAGAGUUAAAAUGUAUGUUGCAAUUAUGAAAAAAGAAAAAAGAUGGAAAUAUAAAUCUGAAUCGGAACGUGCAUUACAUGUUACAUUAUAGUGUCACAAACGUACAUGCUAAUAUGUGAAAAAUGCAGAUUCUUAAUCAUUAUAAAACUAGAUGUACAGUACUUUUAAAUCUUGAUUUAACGCAAAUAUACAUAUAAUACUUUGUAUAUUGAAUGAUUCAGGGUAACGCUCUAGUCAUUUAUACAAUAAAAGUUAUUUAUAGAUUCAUGACGAAUUAAUAGACACGCACAUACAAUAUGAACUAUAAAUAACAAUUUCUGAAGUAUCUAAUAAGUAGUCAAUCUGUUUCGAAAUUAUUGCUUAUAAUGUCGCCUUCUAUCUAUUUUUAUUAUCACUUAAUCCUCCGUCGUUAUUACUACAGUUUUAAUAUCAUUUGUUGCUACAGUUUUAUAUCAUAAUUUUUGGUUUUUACAAGUAGAAAAUGAAAUGCUGAAUGAAAUGGCUAGAGUGUGAACAUUUUUUUCUAAACAAAUAUAUAAUAGAAUGAAAAAAUGUGCCACAUUAAAUAUACACAUGAUAAACAUAAUGUAUGAUUUUAUGACCAGCAUUAAAACAAAGAAAAAAUUAAAUAUAAUAAAGCACCGAUGCUUAAUUGCUCUACAGAAGAAGAAUUAAAAAAGAUGUUGAAAGAUUAUAAUCCUGUACGUUUAUUAUGCAUACAUAUAAAAGCACGCGGUGUGUUUAGAAUUAAUCGUUAAUAUAUGUAUAUAAUGAAUUUUGUUGUUUGAGAUGUUUUUUGUGGUGUUCGUGCGAUAAUGGAAAAAUUAAGUUUGAAAAUAUAUCUACGCUAUAUGUACACUAUACAUAGUUAUUUCAAUAAGAAAAUUUAUUGCGCUUUCCUAUAAUACACAUUGGAAGGAAUUGCUUAUAAAAUAACAUUUAGCUCGAUAAAAAUUGCUUCAUGAUAAACCACCAGUAUGAUGGAAACGAUUUUACAUAUAUUGUACAUUGCAAAAGUAGUCAGAGCAAUGGUUGACAGAUAUGAAAAACAGAUUUAUGACAAUUAUUCAGUGCUAUUGAAAAUUCAUCUAAUCGCAUGAUUAUACCAAUAACUAAUAAUGAAUUAUAUAGAAGAUUAUAAUAUCAUCGGUAACUCGAGAGGUAUGAGGAAUGUAUAUUGUAUUGUCUAUUAUACUUAUAUAUAUUUUAUAAUUUAUAUUUAAUCGUGUAAUAGUUAAAAAUAUACUAUUUUUAGGUAGACGUCUAAAAGAAUAAUGAAAGGUUUAAACUAUAUUGUGCGUCGAUUCUUUUAGUAAUGCGUUAAUGGCAUAAAACAUGUAAUGUUAUACGAAGCAUGGAAACGUUAAGCAACUAACAGAGCUAUAGCGUUAAAUACUAACUAAUCAAUAAUAAAUUCAGUGUACAUAAUGUAAAGAAAGAUAAAUAGCAUAAAUUUAAUGACUCAUCUAAAAAUUUUGUUUGUAAUUUUAUCAUACAAGUUCAUCAAAGAUACACUGUUUAGUAUGUUACUAUGUUUGUAUUCAACUUUGUAGCUAUAUACAGUCUGUCAUCUUUGGUGAA